AUGCGCUUCUCUGUUGCUGUUCUCGCACCUGUUCUGGCUGUAGCUGGGCCGGUGAACUUUCCCUCUGGCUCAAACGGCGAUACUCCUUCUCCCAACGAAAUCCAGAUCGUCAGCACCUCUAACUCUGGCAACGGAUGUCCCCAGGGCACCGUUACCACCGACCUCUCUCCCGAUAGGACUGUCGUCACCUUCGGUUUUGACGGGUUCCAGACCUACAUCGGGCCUGGCUUUACUGCUGCAGACAAGACCAAGAACUGCCAGUUGCAUUUGAAUCUCAAGUACCCUGGUGGCUUUCAGUUCGCUAUCGUUGAGUCCACCUACCACGGAUUUGCCCAGUUGGACAAGGGUGUUACUGGAACCUUCUACUCUACCUACUUCUUCUCCCAAGAUGCAGGAGCUACCACCACUACUCAAGCUUCGAUUGCUGGAGGUGGCGUAUGGGCCAACGGCCAGGUCUACACAAAGCAGGACCAGGUCCCCACCGCCUCUACCAUCUGGUCUCCCUGCGGCCAAACGGGCAUUCUUAAUAUCAACAACCGCAUUGCCCUGACCAGCAGUAACGCUACAGCCACUGGCCAGAUAUCCGACGAUGAUGCUACAGUCGCCUUUACUCAUCAGCUUCACGUCUCUUGGCAGCCAUGUGUCCCUAAGUAA